CACAAACUAGACGGCAUUUUGACGUUAUACUCCAGCCUGUCCCUUUGAUAUUCCGCAAAUGUGAGGUUUAGAACAGGUAGCAUAGCAACAAAGUGGCCAGCACGUCACACCUGUGCCGCUGCGUCACCCCUCUGCCACUCGUGCACGUUCAGCUGUCACCAUGGUGAUGAAGUCAUCGGUGGAGGAGGACGAGGCGGGGUGGGGGCUGGGUAUUCCAGAGAAGAUGAAGAAUAACGCAAACUGGGUGGACAUCACACAGGACUUCAGAGGUGCCUGCAAAGAACUAAACCUUGGAGAGCUACUCCAUGACAAACUGUUUGGUCUGUUUGAAGCCAUGUCUGCCAUCGAGAUGAUGGACCCCAAGAUGGACGCCGGCAUGAUCGGUAACCAAGUCAACAGGAAGGUCCUCAACUUUCAACAGGCAGUCAAGGAUGGGGCGAUUAGGGUUAAGGACCUCAGCCUACCUGAGCUCAUUGGAAUCAUGGACACCUGCUUUUGCUGUUUGAUCACAUGGCUGGAGGGGCAUUCUCUGGCUCAGACCGUGUUUACGUGUUUGUACGUGCACAACCCUGACCUCAUCGAGGACCCCGCCAUGAAAGCCUUCGCCCUCGGUAUCCUCAAAAUCUGCGACAUUGCCCGCGAGAAGGUCAACAAAGCCGCCGUGUUUGAGGAGGAGGACUUCCAGGCGAUGACCUAUGGCUUCAAAAUGGCGAACAAUGUGACAGACUUGCGUGUGACAGGCAUGCUGAAGGAUGUGGAGGAUGACCUCCAGAGGAGAGUGAAGAGCACACGUAGUCGGCAGGGGGAGCAGAGGGACCCAGAGGUGGAGCUGGAGUGUGUGUUUCUCCAGCAUCAGCAGUGUUCAGCCCUCUUCAACAGAAUCAAGUUCACUCGUCUGCUUCUCACGGCACUGAUCGCCUUCACCAAGAAAGAGACCAGCUCGGUGAGCGAGGCGCAGAAGCUGAUGACCCAGGCUGCUGACCUGCUUCCUGCCAUCCACUCCACCCUGCAGCACGGAGUGCAGGCCCAGAACGACACCAGCAAAGGAGAUCACCCCAUAAUGAUGGGCUUUGAGCCGCUGGUGAACCAGAGGCUGCUGCCCCCCACCUUCCCACGCUACGCCAAAAUCAUCCGCAGAGAGGAGAUGGUCGCCUACUUCAGCAAGCUCAUCGACCGCAUCAAGACCGUGUGUGAGGUCAUCAACACCACCCACUUGCACGGCAUUCUGGACUUCUUCUGUGAAUUCAGUGAACAGUCCCCUUGUGUGCUGUCACGCUCGCUGUUACAGACCACGUUCCUGAUGGACAGUAAGAAGGUUUUGGGCUCCCAUCUCAUGCAUGAUAUGAUCAAGGAUGCACUCAGGGGGUUUGUUAGCCCCCCUGUCCUCUCCCCAAAGUGCUGUCUGUACAAUAACCACCAGGCUAAGGACUACAUCGAUUCCUUCAUCACACACUGCUCCAGGCCCUUUUGCAGUCUGAUUCAGAUCCACGGACACAAUCGCGCUCGACAGAGAGACAAACUGGGACACAUUCUGGAAGAGUUCGCUACACUGCAGGAUGAGGCAGAGAAGGUGGACGCCGCGCUGCACAGCCUCCUGUUGAAGCUGGAGCCCCAGAGGCAGCAUCUGGCCUGUCUGGGCACCUGGGUUCUGUACCACAGCCUACGCAUCAUGAUCCACUACCUGCUCAGCGGCUUCGAGCUGGAGCUGUACAGCAUGCACGAAUACUACUACAUAUACUGGUACCUGUCGGAGUUUCUGUACGCCUGGCUGAUGUCCACUCUGAGCCGGGCUGACAGCUCUCAGAUGGCUGAGGAGAGGAUCACUGAGGAGCUGCAGAGGAGGGGCAGCAGCAAGAAGACCAAGAAGAAGAAGAAGACGCGUCCCUUGAGCAGAGAGAUCACCAUGAGUCAGGCUUACCAGAACAUGUGCGCGGGCAUGUACAAGACAAUGAUUGCACUGGACAUGGAUGGAAAGGUCCGGAAGCCUCAGUUUGAGCUGGACAGCGAGCAGGUUCGCUACGAGCACCGAUUCGCCCCCUUCAACAGCGUGGUGACCCCCCCACCAGUGCAUUACAUCCAGUUUAAGGAAAUGUCUGACCUGAAGAAGUACACUCCGCCCCCUCAGUCAGCUGACCUGUACCUGGCGGCCAGUAAGCACUUUCAGCAGGCCAAACUGAUCCUGGAGAACGUCCCCAGCCCGGACCCUGAGGUCAAUCGAAUCCUGAAAGUUGCCAAGCCUAAUAUUGUAGUGAUGAAGCUGCUAGCUGGAGGUCACAAAAAGGAAACGAAGGUUUUGCCACAGUUUGAUUUCUCAGCACACAAGUACUUUCCUGUGGUGAAGAUCAUCUGAGCCCACUCUCCUGCUCUGAACCCCCAAAACCCCCAAAACCCCCCCCAUUCUGCUCUGAACCUCCAACCCCCUCCCUCCCUUUGUUUUCCCUAAGGCUGUGUUAAGCUGUAGUACAGCGUGAUGUUUGGCUUUGUUCAGGUGUGUACUUUUUUGCGGUGUUCCUGAAUAAAGGAUUAUUAUUAUGCACAUCA